CGCUGUUUGCCAGCCGCCGUACGGCGUCAAGCAGGAGGAGAGACCUAAAAGAAGACGAACCGCUGGCUCGAACCGACGUGGGUGGAAACGGUGCCGUUUGCUGUCAGUUGGGCUGUAUUCGCAUCGCGAUUAACGACAGUAGUAAAUGAUACACACAUUAAUAAGAAACAAUGCGCGAAACAGCCGGCAAAGCAGACCAAAAAAACCCCAAGGAGAUAUGUCUGAAGGAGAUAUGUUUCCACGCUGUCAGGGAACAUUUUACUGCGCUGGGCAUUAAGGCUGUUCUUGAUCUUCCAACGCCUCUCAUCACGGAUCUUCUUCCUCAUUUGACUGUAUGUCAACUGGAUGAGCUCCAGCCUGAGCUAAAUCAGAGAGGUGUAUCAACUUACUCUGGAUGGGCUGGAAUCUUACAGGACAUGUGUGGACCUAACAAUGCAGUAGACUUUCACACCGAAGAAGAGGCUAAACAUGAAGUAAUGAGAAUGCUUUUUACACUUGUAUUUUAUGGCUUCACGAACCCCUUUGUCAAAAGAAACAUCACUAAUUUAAACACACCAUCCUUCCUGUGGGCUGCAGCUAAAUGUAUCAAACAUUUUUUACUCAUUACAAGCUUGCAUAAGCCCCUCCAAAGUUUAACUGCUGAGCAGCGGCCUCUUCUGAACAUCCUGGAGAAGCGUAUCAGGAGUGUUGGUGUAUCGCAGUCCAUUGAUCUAUCAAAGAGGAAGACACAAACUGCAUUGUACGUUCUCCAUCGCCUGCUCGACCACGGGGUGGCUAAAAAACUUGUCGUACACGUGCAGUGUCCCAUUGUGCUGGCCUGGCUCCUACACGGAAGGGGAUCUCAGUAUGUAAAUCCCGAGCUGAAGAUCCUCAUGCACAGCAAAAAGGAAAACUGUAUUUCACAAGCCGUUUCAGCCAGUGCAGACAGGGCCAGUUGCAGUCCAGGUCUUGACACGAGGGUUUCAGAACAUAAGGAUGAUCAAGUGAUCCCAUGCAAACGUUCCAAGUUGGAUUCUGUGUCUGUAAAGGAGGAAUCUGGAAAAGCAAACUUUACUUUGGACCCAAAGGCUCUCUGUCGAACCUUCACUUCAUGUGAAGGUCCCUCAGCAGAGGCUUGUCCAUCGGGACAGAUUGAUUGUCUGGAGAUCAGGCAGUGUGGAUCCGACUCCCUCAGAGUGCUGAACUCUGCCCUACCCACAUUUUUCUGCCUUCGCUCUCUAACUCUUCACAGCUUUUCAACCCUCAUGGACUCUGAUGUGUUGGGCCUGGCCCGAGCCCUGAAGCAGCUGUCUGAGAGCUCCCGCAGCUCCCUCACUGAUCUGAACAUUGGCGUCCUGCCGUACACCAAGCUCUCAGAGAUCCUGCUGGAUGCAAGCCCCAAGGUGACAUCCCUGCACGUGGAGAUCCAAACAGUGAUGUGGGGACCACACUUUUCACCAUAUCAUCCCAGGACUGCUGAGUCAGACAUGUCAGUAGAGCUGCCCUUGGAGAAGCUGACAGUCAAAGUAGCUGAGCUCCAAACAGAUCUGCACUUCAUCACAUCUGUGCUGAGACGUUCUCCACAUCUCACCUCACUUCACAUAGCUGGGAUGAGAUUACCAACUGGCUCCUCUAUCAGCCAACUCCUCACCACUCUUUCAGAGUCAAAUCACUGCUUGCGGAGUCUCAACUUGGAAGACAUGAAGCUAUCUGAUUGUCUCCCUGAGAUCCUAAAUCUACUGAGAGACUGCAAGUUGGAAGAGCUGUGGUGUAACGACUGCCGCCUUCUUGAGAAGUGGAGUGACAAAGAGGGCAGUUUGCAGCAGUUGGUGGCUGCUCUAAAGACAGUGCCUUCUCUCCACACACUCAGCCUGGCUCAGAAUCGGCUAGCCAAGAACGUGUGUGUGCUAGCAGAGCUAUUCUCAGGAUCCUCACCAAGCUCAGUGAAACGCCUUGACAUCAGCUCCAACUUCAUUCAGCCCACUGAGCUGCUGGAGUUCGCUGAGAGAUUAAGGACACAUCCUCCCCCACACCGACUGACCCUUGACCUCAGGAAGAACCCAGGGGAUCGAGACCCUGACACGUGGAACACUGCGCUGAAAAGGCUCCGUCCAUACUGUGUUCUACUGGUUGAAGGAUGGAAGUCCACUGAUACAAUGGUAGACCACAUCAGCAAUAUGUGAACAAAGCUGGAGUAAAAUCUCUGCUAUGACUCCUUGUAGGAGUGAGAGAUGGCUGUAAAACAUCAGUACUUUAUGCAAAGUUCGUCAUUUUGUCUUUGAUAGAGGAGAAUGACUGGUCAGUUUGAGUUCAGUUCAGACAGUUGCAUAGAUUUCAAUGACAAGUUUUCACUGCUCAAGAAAACCUUCAAAACAUUGCAAAACCCUAUCAAACCACACCUGCAGCAUGAGUCACUUCUCCACUGUCCCACAGAGGCAAGACUGUUGUAAACAGUCGUAUUUUCACCAUGUUCGGAUAAACAACCUCCAUUGUGUCUGCAUCGUGAUGUAUAGUGCCACAUGGAAGCACUGUGUGUGAGUGCACAUACUGUACUGAGCAUACAGGUGGGCAGCCGAUAAGUGGAUGAAGCUGUAUGAGUGUUUUUAGACCUUCUCAUUGACAUUGUUUUUCUCCUGUAAUUACAAUUUUUCUGACAUUAGUUAUGGUAGAACAUAAGUCAUUUUGCUUUGUAAUUAGGUGUUUGACACAUUUCAUUACUUCUGUGUAUAUUCAUCAAAUGUAACAUUUAAUUUGUGCUAUUUUGUGCAGUUGGAAAAUAACAGCAUCUCGUGUUAGUUUGA